UCCUGGUGCCAAGAAGCAUGAGUUUCUGACAAGUGUUCUAGAUGCGCUCUCAACAGACAUGGUCCAUGCUGUCUCCGAUCCUUCCUCCCCAUCGGGCAGGCUCUCGGAGCCCGAUCCCAGCCACACCCUGGAGGAAAGGGUGGUGCACUGGUACUUCAAGCUACUUGACAAAAACUCCAGUGGGGACAUUGGCAAAAAGGAAAUCAAGCCCUUCAAGAGGUUCCUCCGGAAGAAAUCAAAGCCCAAGAAGUGUGUGAAGAAGUUCGUGGAAUACUGUGACGUGAAUGAUGACAAAUCCCUCUCCGUCCAGGAGCUGAUGGGCUGCCUGGGCGUCACCAAGGAGGAGGGCAAAGCCAGCACCAGGAAGCGCCACACUGCUAGAGGUAAUGCUGAAAGCACUUCUAAUAGACAGCCAAGGAAACAAGGGUGAAUGGCUCACAAGUCCGAGGCAGUUCCUAGACAGGUGGGAAGCUCCCUCACCAAAGAGCUAUUAAAAAAACAAAAACAAAAACACAUAGUAUUUGCACUUUGUACUUUAAAUGUAAAUUCACUUUGUAGAAAUGGGAUAUUUAAACAGACUGUCCGAAUCUGUGAAAUGGAAAGCUGGCUUCAGAACGUUAAUCACAUACAAUGUAUGUGUCCUCCGACCUUCAAUGUACUUGGUGGAGAUGUAUUCUCAACGCUUUUGAGUUUAGUCCUUUCAUCCUGCACAAGCUCACAGUAGAAGUCUUAGUGUAAGGCACUUGGGCCACAGCCCUGCCCUUCCCCUAGCCCAGGCUGCUGAGUCCAGCUCACCAUGUUGUUGAACCAUGCUGGAAGCAUCAUGUUUCCAUGGAAGUGGGUGACAUGCUGCCAUGUGGCUUACACACAUUACUUGGUUUGUUCAUUGGGGUUUUGAGUUGGUUUGUUAUGCUCUACUUGCCAGAUACCCCACUCACACAAUGCACCAAACAGCCAUUCAACAGUUGGGUUAAGUACAGGCAGCUCCCUGGUAGGAAAGGGUGUUUCCGAUUACUUUUGGUGUGAUAAUUUGGUUCAAGCUAACUUUGCUUUUCCCAUUCAAGCUUCUGUUUGGGUUUUGCCUUGGGCUGGGAUUAAAUUUGAGAGAAUUGCUCCUGCUGGUAGGAGGCCGCCUGGAGGGGCCCAUCCUUUGAAAAGUCAACCAGGCAUGGUGUGACCCAGCCGGCUAUGCACGCUGGUCUGCCUGGUUUCUCUCCUAAUAUGGCCAUGACCCAACUCCUGUGGCUCACCCCAGGGCCCACUGGAAGGCUGAGUUGUCACCUGAACAGAUUAUGAACAAUCUCCUUAGAGAAGACACAGCCUGGAUAGCUUGUGCCCUGGAGUUGGUAUUGACCGCCAAGGGACUGGCCCACUGGUUCGUUGGCUCCUCUCUUCUUUUCUGAAGGCCUCAAAGGUAGAAGAACUUGUCAAGAAAGCGGAAAUCCGCACUUGGGGAGAAGCAUAGGAGCGGGACGCCCACGUGGUGAGUGGCAACAGGGCCCCAGUGACCAUCGCACUGCCACUCGCUGACCUGGGCACAGAGGUCAGCAUGCCCCUGUCACCAAGGAGCCAUUCAGAGGAUGGUGCCUAAGCUGGGUCCUGCAGGGGUGAUGCUCUCGGCUCAGAUGUUUCAUUAACAAGAACCUUCGUGGUCCCAAAUUCCCCAAACAUGGUGCAAAAUGGAUAUCUGUGGAUGUGCUUGGGGAUACAUAGGCAGCGUCUCACGUGUUUAUUCUGUGCAAGGGGCAGACUGCUGGAGUCCCAGACCACUCCGGGCAUGCCAGCUGUGCUGAGGAAGCUGUUAUGACCCUAAACUCUCUGAAUGCUCUUUCAUAUAUCUGACUUUUGAAUUUAAUCAUUUUUUCUUAGAUUAAAAUAAAAUAUGCUUAUUGACA